UUUAAAUACCGCGUGUAGUAGGAAAGUCCGACAUAGGACAUUCUUACGGGACAUUCAUAGAGAGGAUCUCGUCGAGGGAUCGCAAUGCAAUGGAUACAGUUCUUUGAUAAUCGUUUAAAAUGUGAAAUACAUCGUUGCAGUAGACGAAAACGUUGUCUAACAAGUCCAAAAGAUUAUCAGUUAGCACAAGUUCGAGAAUCACCUGCAUGCUACUUUAAUAGAUUACACUUUUUCUCUUAUUCUUAUUUAUUUAUGCUGUAAAAAAUAUUUCUUUAUGGUAGCAAAUCACAUGACCUUCAUUAUGAAGUAAACAACAUGUUUCCCCUCGGCUCUACAAUGUUGAUUGCAUCAAAUUAUACCUCUACUACGGAUCGAUGCAUAUCUAAGUUUGAUUUAAAUUUUAGAUGGCGAUUGAAAUUUAUUAGCAAUUAUCAUUUGGAAGUAGGAUAAUGCCAACUUACAUUAAAUUAGAUAAAAAGUAUUUGUUUGUUUCAAUGUAACAUCGCCAUAUCAUUCGGGUUGGUUUAAUUUACAAUACUUCCCUUAAAGCUGCAACCUGCACUCUCACAGAUAUGCCAAUUUUACAACUUUUUUAUUUUUUGUCUUGGAAAGAGCAAAUUCUUGCGUAAAUAUCUGCAAAACCAAAAGAUUGCUGACAAAAGAUCAGAUCACCGGUUUCAUAUUUCCGUUCGAAAAUUAAUGUUUUAUGGCCUAAACCGUUACUAACGGUUUAAGAAAAAUGCAUAAAACAUCCAUUUUUGAACUUAAAUAUAAAAAUCUGCGACCUUAUUUUUUGUCAGCAGUCUUAUGUAACUGGUUUCCAUGAAUUUUCGCAAAAGAUGGCUUAUUCAAAGACAAAAAAUAAAAAAGUUGUCAAAACGUUCAAUCUGUGAGAGUGCAGUUUUUAAGGCCUAGUUUAAGCCAUCUAUACGUGACCCCCUCACUCUCAAAUCGGUGUAUAGUACAAAACCUCUGUGUAUCUUAAUCCAAUUGCCUUGUGCUGUCUUAUUAGAUCUCUGUUCUGACUAUCUGACUACUGUGCAGUUUUUGGAGGUUUCAUUAUAUGAUUAGACCCUAAAUGGUCCUGAGCCAAUUAACAAAUACACAGGAAAUUGGCCCCUACUGUGACACCAGUGCAAUAAGCAGGAUAUGCUAAACAGGGGAGAAUCAUGCUAAAAAUUCCUUAAACUAGGCCUUUCAGCUCGAUUGUGGCGAAACCCUACAGCUUUUAUGAAUACUCCCGUGUCCGUUUCCUUAACAUAAACUAGUACCGGCGUCCAUUUUAAAAGGCAAUAAGAAAGUAUCCAUGGUGGGAAUUAAACCCACAGCUUCUUGGGUUGGUUUGAUGAAAUUAUACACUGUCUUACCUGGGGGAAACUCAUUUCUGAGAAUUUUCUAUUGUGGGUCUGCAAUAAAACAUUUUUUUUACCUUUGAUAUAUUUUUUAUCUAUUUCAACAUAAUGGCAUUGUCAACGAUUUUAAAAGUUUUUGCAUUUGUUAGCAUAUUAUUUACUUGCAUCCUGUGUAUUUCAUUUGUAUCAAUAAUAAGCGCAUUGGCAAAUAAAAACAGUCAGAGAACAAUCAGGCAUGCAACUAACAUGUGUAUGUCAUGUGAUGAUUUACAAAGUUUCCCUGGGUUCCCCGCUGUUUCAUCUGAAGACAUCGACAGAUUACGGUCUGCGAAAGACCAAUCUUCUUGCUGUGCUUCAACUGACGAAAUUCUGAGGAUGCGAAUUCAGAAGAAGAUGGAUGAGCAGGUUUACGAAUACAACUCUGGUUUAUCUGCAGAAUUAAUAACAGAUAUCUUGGGGAAAAACAACUGUGACUUAGUUCAGCUAGACGAAAACGUGCCUCGAGCAAAAGUUGUUGGCCUUGUUGACCACGUCGGGUCCUCAUUUCAAACUGACCUCCGGAAAGUUCGGUGGAAUAAGAACGGUGCUUCAGCAACAAAUGGGGAUAUAACACACUUGGAAGAGGAAGGGGAGAUAUUCAUCAGACAGGACGGUACAUACGUUGUACUGUCAAAGCUAAGGAUACAUCGGAAUCCGUCUGCACCGUUUACGGCCAAACUUUCCCACGUUUUGUACCGAUUCUCACAUAAGUAUGGAUCGGAAACUGUUCUUUUGCAGAGAAACAGAACGUUGUGCCGCACAAGUGAUGAUCAAUACGAUAGCUUUAUUUCGGCGGUUUUUCGAUUUCACAAGUACGAUCGCAUAUCCAUUCACACGACACAUGCGCAACAUUUACAAGUCAACGACACGGAGAACUUUUUUGGAGUGUUUUAUACGUAUGACAUGUACUAAGGUUGCAAACACAUUCUAUAUCGUUAAACGCACGUAUAUGAGUAAGGAUGUUUUGUUUUACGAUAUAUUUUGGCAAGAGUUAUAACCGGGAGAAAGUAUGUAUCAAACGAAUCAUUAAUAAGAUAGUUAGUUUGAUAACUGUUGUUUGGAGUAACACUGUCAUAAUUUGUUAACUUUCAUAAUAAAUUAAUCGAGUUAUUGUAUACAAAUAGCUUUAAUCACCAGGAUAUUUUCUCAAAAUACAAUAAUAAUAAAUGGGAAGAGGUCGUUUUUGUUUCUGCUGUGAUUUUUGCAGAAUUUCCUUGUUAAACAAACAUAUUUCGUUGUUUGUCACUGGUUUUUGAAUAAAAUUGUACACUUGUGUAA